AUGUCGAAAUCUAAGUUGAACAAAAACACUAUCUCGAAAGCGGAGCAACGUGCUGAGUAUCGAACGUUCAAGACGGUGUUCUUUUACUGUAUUUUAAUUAUCACGCUUCCAGUGCUCACGUUCUUCUCGUCGAAAUAUUGGCUUUUCGAUGGACUGCUGCAGCUAUCCAGUGUAGCAAGCAACAUAUAUUCGGCCGUGAGCGCUGUUGUUGCACUUCAUGUAGCUCUAUUCUUGUUUAUCUAUAAAGCGUACUUUGCUAACAGUCACGAAAGCAGUACUGAAAGUAGUACUCGCAGGGAAAAACUUCCUCAAAAGGAAGAAUAAAAUA